AUGCCUCAGCAGAUCACCGACAUCAAGCGCUUCCUCGAGAUCGCCCGCCGCAAGGACGCUACCUCGGCGCGCAUCAAGAAGACCCUGGUCAAGCCCACCAAGACCGUCGCUGGUGCCAAGGCCAAGGCUGCUUCGAAGCCCCACACCCAGACCAAGUUCAAGAUCCGCUGCUCGAAGUACCUCUACACCCUCGUCCUCCACGACUCUGAGAAGGCCGAGAAGCUCAAGCAGUCCCUCCCCCCCGGACUCAAGGUCGAGGAGUUCGCCGCCAAGACCGCUCCCAAGAAGAAGAACUAA